CCUCAACGUCACAUCCGGCGUGGGGACGGCGGCGUCUUCGCGCAGUGGGCCGGGCAGGAGUUAGUCUUGUGGGCGGUGGAAGUGGACUAUCCCGGAGCAGUGAAGCCGGUGUGAGCCGAGAGGACCGGCCGGAUUAUGGACGGUUCCUUCGUACAGCACAGCGUGAGGGUUCUGCAGGAACUCAACAAGCAGCGGGAGAAAGGCCAAUAUUGCGACGCCACUCUGGACGUGGGGGGCCUGGUGUUCAAGGCACACUGGAGUGUCCUGGCUUGUUGCAGCCAUUUCUUCCAGAGAAUCUAUGGGGACGGCUCAGGAGGCAGCGUUGUCCUUCCUGCAGGUUUUGCUGAGAUUUUUGGCCUCCUGCUGGACUUCUUCUACACUGGUCACCUGGCCCUCACCUCAGGGAACAGGGAUCAGGUGCUCUUGGCAGCCAAGGAGUUGCGGGUGCCAGAGGCUGUGGAGCUCUGUCAGAGCUUCCAGCCCAGAACCUCAGUGGGACAGGCACCAAGUGUCCAGAGUGGACUGGGGCAACCUGCCUCCCAGGAUGUGAAAAGCCACCUCAAGGAGCCAACAGACUUGGACGAGGAGGAAGUUUUCAGGACUCUGAGCCUGGCCCCUGGGGAUCAGGAGUCCAGAGACAGUCAGCAGUCCCAGCUCAACCCCCCUGCUCAGAGCAGCCCCUCCUUCCUCUGUGGGAAACUCAAGCAGGCUCUGAAGCCUUGUCCCUCAGAGGACAAGGAGUCUGAGGACUGCAAAGAGCCUCCAAGGCCCUUCGAGGCUGGAGGUGCCCUGUUGCAGGGCGAGAGCAAUGAGUGGGAAGUGGUGGUUCAAGUUGAGGACGACGGGGAUGGUGAUUCCAUUUCUGAGCCUGAGACUGUGCUGACCAGGAGGAAGUCCAAAGUGGUCCGAAAGCCCUGUGCUGCCGAGCCAGCCCUGGGUGCAGGUUCCCCAGCAGCCGAGCCCAGUGAAGGCCGGAGGGGCGCAGCGGUGCCGGUUGAAUGUCCCACGUGCCAUAAAAAGUUCCUCAGCAAAUACUACCUAAAAGUCCACAACAGGAAACACACUGGGGAGAAACCCUUCGAGUGUCCCAAAUGUGGGAAGUGUUACUUUCGCAAGGAGAAUCUGUUGGAGCACGAAGCCCGGAAUUGCAUGAACCGCUCAGAACAGGUCUUCACAUGCUCCGUGUGCCAGGAGACCUUCCGCCGGAGGAUGGAGCUGCGGCUGCACAUGGUGUCUCACACGGGGGAAAUGCCCUACAAGUGUUCCUCCUGCUCCCAGCAGUUCAUGCAGAAGAAGGACUUGCAGAGCCACAUGAUCAAGCUGCAUGGAGCCCCUAAACCCCAUGCAUGCCCCACUUGUGCCAAGUGCUUCCUGUCUAGGACGGAACUGCAGCUGCACGAGGCUUUUAAGCAUCGUGGGGAAAAGCUGUUUGUGUGUGAGGAGUGUGGGCACCGGGCCUCGAGCCGCAAUGGGCUGCAGAUGCACAUCAAGGCCAAGCACAGGAAUGAAAGGCCUUAUGUCUGCGAGUUCUGCAGCCAUGCUUUCACCCAGAAGGCCAACCUCAACAUGCACCUCCGCACACACACAGGCGAGAAGCCUUUCCAGUGCCACCUCUGUGGCAAGACCUUCCGCACCCAAGCCAGUCUGGACAAGCACAACCGCACCCACACGGGUGAGAGGCCUUUCAGCUGUGAAUUCUGUGAGCAGCGCUUCACCGAGAAGGGGCCCCUUCUGAGGCACGUGGCCAGUCGUCACCAGGAGGGCAGGCCUCACUUCUGCCAGAUCUGUGGCAAGACCUUCAAAGCCGUGGAACAGUUACGGGUGCAUGUCCGACGACACAAGGGCGUGAGGAAGUUCGAGUGCACUGAAUGUGGUUACAAGUUCACCCGGCAGGCUCACCUGCGGAGGCACAUGGAGAUCCACGAUAGGGUGGAAAACUACAACCCACGGCAGCGCAAGCUCCGAAACCUAGUCAUCGAGGAUGAGAAGAUGGUGGUGGUGGCGCUCCAGCCCCCUGCAGACCUGGAGAUGGGCUCUGCAGAGGUCAUUGUGGAGUCCCUGACCCAGGGCGGCCUUGCCUCCCAGCUCCCUAGCCAGAGACUGUGUGCGGAGGAGAGCUUUGCCAGCCCCAGUGUCCUGGAACCUUCACUCAUCAUCACAGCUGCUGUUCCUGAGGACUGUGACCCAUAGACCCCUGCCCAGUUAGCCCCAGCAACCGAUAAACAUGUGAUUUUGGAUUCACUUGUUCA